ACAGGCAAAGGAGAUCCUAAGAAACGAGGCAAAAUGUAAUCAUAUGCGCUCUUUGUGAAAACUUGCCAGGAGGAGCACAAGAAGAAGCAUGCAGAUGCUUCAGUCAACUUCUCAGAGUUUUCUAAGAAGUGCUCAGAGGGGUGGAAGAUCGUGUCUGCUAAAGAGAAAGGAAAACUUGAAGACAUGGCAAAGGCAGACAAGGCCCAUUAUGAAAGAGAAAUGAAAACUUAUAUUCCUCCUAAAGGGGAAACAAAAAAGAAGUUCAAAGAUCCCAACGCACCCAAGAGGCCCCCUUUGGCCUUUUUCUUGUUUUGUUCUGAGUAUCGCCCCAAAAUUAAAGGAGAGCAUCCCGGCCUAUCCAUUGGUGAUGUUGCAGAGAAGCUGGGAGAGGUGUGGAGUAACACUGCUGCAGAUGACAAACAGCCUUAUGAAAAGAAGGCUGCUAAGCUGAAGGAGAAAUACGGGAAGGAUAUUGCUGCAUACCAAGCUAAAGAAAAGCCUGAUGCUGCAAAAAGGGGAGUCAUCAAGACUGAAAAAAGUAAGAAAAAGAAGGAAGAAGAGGAGGAAGCUGAAAAUGAUGAUGAAUAAAUUGGCUCUAGCGCAGUUUUUUUUCUUGU